CGAACUCGGACCCGGGUCUUAACUACACUUUCUGAAACGACGUACGGCGGUUUGUGGUGCGAAACGCCCACUUCUGCCAUUUUCUACGAACCGGUUUCAUCCUCAAUCACCGCCCAUUUCUCUUUUCUUAAACCCUAACGCUAACCCUAAACCUAAUCCGCUGCAAGUCACCAUAACCAGAAGUUGCUGUUGCGACGUCGAAUCUGACCGUAUUCCAAUUCAGCCAGCUCUUCCUUCUUCUCGCUGUUUGGUUUAAUCACUUGAAUAUUUGCGUGAGGUAUGGACAAAUUGAAGUGACCCCAAAUUGAAUUUGAAACAUGCAAAAGAGAUAAUGCAUUGUUAGUGGACGUGGAACCAGUUUUUAGCAUAUGGGACUUGUUAUGUUUUGGAGUAGCUGAGUUCUGGUUUGGUAUUCAAGCUUUCAGAGGUAGAAUGGUUUAUUUGUUUUUAAGAGAGCCCGCCUGGAAUGAUAAUGAGGAUAAUGAGAAUACAAAGAUGAGAAUAUCUCUCUUGAAUAAGAUGGAGUCUGUUAUUAAGUCAUUCUUGAUGUCUGGAGGUCGAUCAGAGGCUCGUCUCUGGCUUUGUAACACUAUAGCUGGGAUAAGUUCCAUCACUCGCCAACAGCAGUGUGAAUUAUUUUUGAACUUAUUGAGAUCAAAGCCGCUGAACCGUGGUUUAGCAUCCCAAGUCCUUCAAAUGAUAUUUGAGAAGACGCCACACAAAGCGGGAUCAAUCAUAGCUAAGAAAAGCCACAUACUGGAGAAAUUCUUUGAAGGAAAUCCCCUGCGUAUAUCACAAUGGUUUUCUAACUUUGCAUCUAGUGCUGGUGGAUUGGAACGUGGAAAAGGUGCCAAGGCAUUAUCUCAAUUUGCUUUCAUAUAUCGAGAUAUAUGUUGGGAGGAGCUUGAGUGGAAGGGGAAACAUGGGCAAUCACCUGCAGUGGUUGCUACAAAGCCCCAUUACUUUCUUGAUUUGGAUGUUGAACGAACUAUGGAGAAUUUCCUUGAAAAUGUGCCGGAAUUUUGGACAUCCAGUGAGUUUUCUGAGUCGCUAAAAGACGGUGAGAUUUUGUCACUUGAUAGAAACUUCUUUUUGGAAUAUUUUGUUGAUCUGAUGUAUAAAGAAGACUCAAGAGCUGUGUGGGAAGUUGUAACUGAGUUCUUGAAAGAGGAAUCUUUCUCUUGCCUGUGUCACCGCCUUCUUAUUACUCUCGACGAGCAGGACCUAUAUAAAUUUCUGGAAUUGCUUCGUAAAUUUGUUAAACCUAGAAUGGAACCUAAGGAUUUUAGUAACUUAGAUUUCUUGUUUGAGGUUGUACUUUCCAAGUGCAUUGCUUGUGAAUCAUUUGAUCAAAUAUUACUGUUAGUUGCAGUUUUAAAUAAAAAACGUGAGCUUUUACGCCUUUUACGUGAUGAAGGUAGUGAUGAGUCACAAGCAGAAAUAAAAGAUAUCAUGCUGACAAUUUCAAAAAUCCCUGCUAAUGAAAGUAGUUUGGCCCCAAUCAUUAAAGAAUGCUCUAAAACAAAAACCAUUGAAGCAAUUAAAUUGUUGGGACUUCAGUCGUGGAUUAUCUAUUACAUAUUAUCAGAAGAAUGCCAAACUCUUGAGUCUUGGGAAUCUCUGUUCACGACAAAUGCAAUAAGUUUUCGCAAAUCUGAGAAAUAUGCUUUUGUAAGUUAUAAUGGACUUUCAGAAGAAAGUGAUUCAGAUUUGGAUCUUGGAGUUUCAAAUAAAAGCAAGCGCAAGAGAAAAGGAAGAAGUAGGAAGAAAAGGAAAAGAAAGUAUGAUUAUGGUGACAGCAAUGACGAUGAGAUUCCUGAUUUUGAUACUACAAGCAAGAGGUUGGGUUUGCAAUCUAAUGUUGGAAGUUGGUUGCUCUCUACAGAUGGGUAUUCUGCAUCUUGGAACACUGUGGAUUUACCAGAACACCUUUCUAACCAUUGCUUGUCUACAUGGAUGAGGUGGAUUUUUGUGCGGCGUACAUAAGCUUCUUCUGGUUCACGGAUUAUUGUCGCCCUUGUUCUGCUAUUCUCUGAAACUUGAACAGCAUAGGCCUGUGGCUUUCCAAUAUGCCUUGAAUUACAAAUCUUUCAUCUCCAUUUCCUUCUCAGGAAUACAGUUUCCAGUUCAAAAAUUCAACCCAACAUCAAUAUGCUGACCUUGUUGAUGCACUAGUCUUGAUUCUCAUCCAAUCAACAAUUGUGAUGGUGGCUAUAUACAACAAUUGUGCAGAUGUUGAUGAGUCAAUUUCAAUGACAUUGAUGCAGUGUAACUCCCUAUACAAUUAAUGCCAACAUGGGGAAACGUACCUUUGAAGGGGAUGUAGAAAAGCCUCACGAGAUGGUCAAUACAAUGGAGAGAACAACUUUGUCUUAGGUGGUUCCGUGAACUAGCAACUGGAAAAAUGAAGUUAGGGAAAGCUACUUGUAAUAAGAAAACAAGGAAUAGGAAAUUUUAUUGACUUAUUGGUAAAAAUAAAAUUAUAUUUCUUUUGA